AGAGAUGGAGAGAGAAUGAGAGAGAGAGAGACGUACAAACUAGAGAGAGAGAGAGAGAGAGGGAGGGGGGUUGAGGGGGUUGUGGGUACUGUGGAAAACUGAAGAGUGCACCAGAAGCUCAUUGAAGCUCUGAUUUUGAGGCAUAUUGGGGAGAGAGAGAGAGAGAGAGAGAGGAGAGAGAGUGGAGAGGAGUGUUGGGCAAGCAUCGAGCAAACUACAUAGAAAGCAGGCCUGGCCCCUCUUCAAUUCACCGCAUUCCCAGCUUUUGCAUUGGAGGGUCUCUCUCCUCUGCUGAAAGAAACGCUAGCAAACGACGGGGUCGCUUUGAAGUUUCCCGAAAGAGAGAGGGAGAAAGAGAGGAGAAAGAGAGAGAGGGAGAAAGAGAGAGAGAGAAGAACCCAAGUGAGUUCCUUCGAUUCUCCAUCCCCUCCGACCCCUUUUGCCUUCUUUCGAGUCGAUUCCGUGGCUCCCCGGCUCGCUUUCUCUGACUCUUGCGAUGCAAUUUUUGAGCUUUUUGCUUUGUCUCAUCUUUCUGGGUCUAUUCCCUAUUGCGGGUUGCAGAGAAUAAAGCUCACCCGCGCGCACAGUGUUUCUCUCGACUUUCGCACCACUGUUCUCUCGUGUCAUCGGACGGGGCCAUUGACGUCGCCUGCUGGGUUGUGUAAGCAAUAUCAAAGUUCGCUCCUUUUCCUGAUUUUUUGUUUUCUUUUUAGACUGGUUGUCGACACGAUCGGGAGUGGGUGUUUGGUAUUUUAUAAGAAGCGAGCGAGGACGACGAUGAGGCGAUUUUUAUGAUCGUUUAGCUCCCGUGUGUACUGGGCAAACACGCAAUGCGCGUGUUCGCCGACUGUGCUUUUGCUGUAUCUGCAGAAAUUUUGAUUUCCGUAUCGAACUUGAUGGAUCGUUGAUCGCUUUUGUUCUGGGUAAAGCUGCUUGCUUCUGUUUACUGGAGGGAAGCUUUUGAGAUCUUGACGCAAUGCUGAUGAAGAGGACCGUGUCAGUGCAGAAGGAAGCGGGUCCAAUGGCGAAAUCAGAUUCUAACUUGCGUUCUGGUUUGCAAUCUGCUCUUAGAAGGCAGAAUCGUAGGAGCAAUUCCCUUUCCAGCGUCCCUGGUCUUUAUGCGGGUUUGAAUCCGAAGGGCUUAGCCGAUGCUGAUUCGGUUAGAAGCCCCACAUCUCCUCUUGAUUUUAUGCUGUUCCCAUAUCUGAGUAACCCCAUGAGGUCCCCUCGAUCGCCUUGUGCCGGGCAGCGAAAGAGCUGGGACUGUAGCAAAGUAGGCUUAAGCAUUAUAGAUUCUCUUAAUGACAAGGGAAACUCAUCCGGCGGGGCUCUCCGGUCAUUUCAUACUGGAAACAUAAUUUUUGGACCUAAAAUCAGGGUUAAGAAUCAUAAUAUUGAGACCAGCAUUAGUUCCAUCGAGUCACCGAAGUCCCUACCUAAAGAUUACACAUUCUCUCGUUACGCCCGUGCCAAAUCUCCACUCCACUCGAGCAGCACCGGUGUCGUUUUUGAAAUUGCAGAUGGCCCUGAAGAACCUGACCCUUUGGGCAAAAUCCGGUCUAGCUCACUUGAUUCUUGCACAAUAAUGAGUUAUCGUCCUCGAUUGAGUAGAGAAAGUCCAAAAUUAAGUAAGGUUUCAUGUACUAGUCCGACUUCAAUCCCUUCUCCGUCUGUUGAUCCUGGCAUAGGGUUCACUGAUUCUCUCUCAGCGAGCGAGAUAGAAAACUCUGAGGAUUAUACUUGCGUGAUUUCACACGGUCCUGAUUCUAAAACCACUCACAUUUACGGUGACUGCAUUUUAAAAUGUCACCCAAGUGAGUUGAGCAAUUUUGUCGAGGAGACAGAGGAAGACACUGUAUUGCCUCGAGUGAAAAGCUCAGAAACCCCUGCUUUGUAUUCUCAUGAUGACUUCUUGAGCUUCUGUUGCAAGUGCAAGGAGCCAUUGCCAGAAGGCGAAGAUAUCUACAUAUACAGAGGCGAGAAAGCAUUCUGUAGUGUGGAAUGUCGUUCAGAGGUGGUUUUGUCUGAUGAGAUUGAAGAAGCCGUGGAAGAUUAUGAUAAGUCACCGAAGUCCAAAAGUGGAGAUAAGCUUUUUCAAAGUGGCUCUUUUCUCCCUUCGUAGUGACCAGUCAUGUGGUCUCUGUGGCCACCAUGCCCAUGAUUGCUGGAACAAUCACUGAGGUAGAUGCCCCAGAUCGUCCGUUCACCAAAGAGCUGUUUUUGUGUGCAUCAGUUAGCAGCCAUGGAUGAUCAAUUUUGUACAUUUCUCUCUUCACCGAAAAGGGAUUCAGCUUUCAUGGUCUUGGUGGUGGCAAUUAUCUGCUACAGCAAUUUUUUGGCUUUUUGGAAGAGACAUGACCGUAUUAUAUGCGAUGAUAACUCAUAUUAUAUUACAUAAUUAUUUGGCAUGUGAAAUGGGUUUAGCUGAUUUUUAUGGCUCCCCAUCUAUAUCCCCUACAUUUUUCUUCCGGGGUAAACUUUUCCUGUAAUGGCGGCCGACUAAAGUGCUUUUUCAUAAUAGUAUCAAGUUGCUAUUGUAAGACCAUGUGCUCUAAAUUCCUGGUCUUGUCUGAUGUUGAUUACCGUCCACCAUCUUUUGUUCCCU